ACACGCCCCGCCGCGUCACGCCCGACCCGCUCGGUCGGCGGUCAAAUAGCCCAAGUCUCGCCCGCCUGCGCCCGCCGCCUCUUGCCCAUUGCGGGCGUUCGGUGACAUUGAAUGCGCACACGCUGUCACCGCCCGGGAGGCGCUGUCGGGUCAGCGGAGUAGGCGGCCAUGGGGAGCCUGCGCGGCCUGCGCCAGGCAGCGGGAAGUUAUUUUAGGUUAUAUGAAAGCGGUUCUUCCUCAUCUCUAAGACUUACCAGAAACUCUGAUUUAAAGAGAAUAAAUGGAUAUUGUGCCAAGCCACAAGAAAGUCCAAAAGCUCCAGCCUACACUUACAGCCACAGAGUGCCAUUACACAAACCUACAAACUGGGAGAGGAAGAUCCUGAUAUGGUCAGGCCGCUUCAAAAAGGAGGAUGAUAUCCCAGAGACUAUCUCGUUUGAGAUGCUUGAUGCUGCAAAGAACAAGAUCCGAGUGAAGGUCAGCUAUGCAAUGAUUGCCCUGACAGUGGCAGGAUGCAUCUGGAUGGUUAUUGAGGGCAAGAAGGCUGUCAAAAGAAACGAGUCUUUAACAAGCCUGAACUUAGAAAAAAAAGCUCGCCUGAGAGAAGAAGCAGCUCUGAAGGCCAAAACAGAGUAGCAGAGGUAUCUGUGUUGGCUGGAUUUUGAAAUUGCAGGAAUAAUGUUGCAGCAAUUAGCCUGUAUUCAAAAAUACGGUACGAGGAUCCAUUUCAUGAAAGUAUGGUUUGCACAGAUUUGUAAUUUCCCCAUUCCUGAUACAGUGGGACAAAUAAAUUUCUUUAAAGAAA